UCUAGAAAAUGAAAUCCUUUCACUUGACGAGGUCACGGGGGGCUGGCCAGCAGCCAGGCACAGGGCCCCUGCGCGGCUCUGCCCAUUCCUCUCUACGAGCCCAUCGCUUCCUCCGGGACACUUCUCUUGCACGCCGCGAGAAGAGGCUUAGAUUUGCUCCUCUGCUCAGUAUUUAGUUUGCACUACGCUUUGAGAAGGGGAAAAAUGAGUGCCUGGCCCUCUCCUCUGCUUUGGAGCUUAACCACGGUGUGUUUAACAGGUAUUGCUUUAGGCCAGACAACCACGAGCCAGGUCCCCAUUGCAUCAACACCAGUGCCUCCCAGUGCAACCACGAGCCAGGUCCCCAUUGCAUCAACACCAGCGCCUCCCAGUGCAACCACCAGCCAGGCCCCCCUUGCAUCAACCCCAGCGCCUCCCAGUGCAACCACUUCCAUGGCCUCUGCACCCUCAACUGCCUCUGCAACACUCUCAUCUGGAGCAGCAUCAACCACUGCAAACCUUGUCACGUCCACAGCAGCACUGUCUGCUGAUCCAAGCAGAAAAACGCCUGCUCAGACUCUGCCUGCCACCACGGAUGUGACCGUCCUCCCCUCUGGCAGCACAGCCACUUCUCAGGCAUCUACCGGGCCAAUGGCCACAUCCACCAGCACCCCAGUGUCCGCUCCAGGCGUGACCACGUCUCCUGGGGUCCCAUCAGCAGCUCCGUUCCUCGCCACCACCAAGCCCUCCAACUGCAGCAGAGUGAACGUGACAGCCUGUGCCCGCUGCUCCCCAGGGACGUUUCCCAACAAAGGUACCCUGAGCUGCUCGUGCUGUGCGGGGGCCUCGUGCACAGACCCCAGCGCCUGCACCUCCUGCCCGCUGGGCCACUACCAGCCUGAAAGUGGGCAACCAUCGUGUCUGCCUUGCCCACAGGGGCAUUACGCCAACCUCCCCAGGAGCACCGCAUGCCUGCCCUGCCCGCCCGGCCAUUACGCUGGGGAGCCCGGGGUCGCAGCCUGCAGCGCCUGCGAGCGGGGCUAUUUUAACUCCAAGGAAAGUGCAGCUUUCUGUCUGCCUUGCCUGCCUGGAUCAUUUUGCAACAUCACCAGCUGCGCGGCGUGUCUGCCUUGCCCCGGGGGGCAGGAGGCUCUUUGGGAGGCAUCGGGGCAGUGCACGCCUUGCCCACCAGGUAUGUUCAAAGGUCCCAGCGACAACAAAUGCAAGCCCUGCAGGACAGGAGAAUACCAGUUACAGUGGGGCAAGGAGAGCUGUGACCUGUGCCCAGAAAAUCACUACUGCCCCAGCCCAGAUGUGAACCCGGUCAAGUGCCCCCCCGAAGCCAUCUGUCCCGCGGGCAGUGCUGAGCCGGCGUACUGCAUGGAGGUCUUGCUUUACAAGGCAGGGGACUCCUGCCAGCUGACUCCCCUGAUGGUCAUCCUCCUGGCUGUCUUCUCAGCAGGUACGAUCCUUGUUGUCUUUCUAAUAAUUCUGAGAAGAAGGCAAGACCAUAGCAAGAAUUCAUUAAAAUCUCUACUCCUGCCCCGAGGCUCAGGACGACACAUGACGUACGGGGGGACGGAGCACACAGAACCAGUCUACACUGGCUGGUAGUGCAGGACACGCUGUCAGCAAGCACCCUCUUCUUUUUGCCAUGGGGCAAUUCAGAUGUGCGCCUGUGGGAAAAUGUUUAACCAUGAGCAACCUAUUUCUGUAUAGCUAAAGUAAGCGCGGAGAAAUAAAACUCAGUCUUUGAGUUUUGGCUAUUUGUGCUAACCAACCCAGCUGCCAGCUGCGUACCGGAAUAGAUCGGUGGGAAAA